CUCCGCCGCUAUCUCUCCCCCCUUUUCUUCUCCUCCUCCCACGAGCAGCGAAGGCGGAAGCCAACUGUUCCUGCCUGACCCGCAUCGAGCGCCCUCCGCAGGAACCCGAAUCCGGACGCCUCGCUGCCGUCGUCCUCGCGCCUUCUCAUUCGAUUGGAGACUGCUGGGGGGGGAGAGGAGGUUGGUUCAAAGAUUUGGCCAGCCGCGAUGGUUCCAUCAGAGAGGGGGAGCGUCGCCACCGCCGUCAGCACGGCUGCCGCCGAUAAGCUGCUCCAUGGGCCUAUCGCUGGCAAGAAGUGCAAGAAGGCGGCCCCGAGGAAGGUUCACAAGGCUGAGAGGGAGAAGCUUAAACGCGACCACCUAAAUGAUCUCUUCGUUGAGCUGGGUAAUAUGCUAGAAGCAGAUAGGCAGAACAAUGGGAAAGCAUGCAUACUAACUGAUACUACUCGGAUACUAAGAGAUCUGCUUCUUCAAGUAGAAUCUCUUCGAAAGGAACAUAGCAACCUGCAGAAUGAAUCUCAUUAUGUUGCAAUAGAGAGAAAUGAGCUGCAGGAUGAGAACGGUGUGCUCCGCAAAGAAAUUUCAGAGCUUCAAGACGAGUUGAGAAUGCGGACUUCCAGCAAUCCAGCGGAUUGGGGCCAUGGCAACGCUGGAUUGAAUCCCCCUGUUCCUCACCCUGCAAGUGCAGUAUUCUCAUCCCAGCAGGCAAUGCAACCACCCACCAUCGCAAGCACUGUAUUCCCCUUGCAGCCGCCACUGGCACCAUCAGCAGUGAUCGAGCAGUCCUACGCCACACCACCAUCACUGGAACUGAAGCUCUUCCCAGGAGCUGAAUCUGUCGAAGUUCACGAGCGAUCAGAAGACCAGGAGGCUCCCAACCAUGUGGCACGACCACAGGCAAGGUACCCACCACAAUCAGCCUCGUGGCCAGUAACCUUGUUUUCUGGGCUUCCAAGAAUGGAGGAUGAGCAAUGCAGUAGCAGCACAACCAGCAGCAGCAAGGAGACUAGCACAGGUAGAGACUGAGUGGAUCAGCUCCAACUCCAACAAUCUAAAGAGUUUCUGUUUCUGAGCCUAUUGGAUGUACUGACAGCACAAGCUGUGCGCAUGUAAAUAUGAAUCUCCAUUUUGGAUCUCAGAACGAUAAAUUUUACUCUGAUGGAAAUAGCACCCUCCCCUUGCAAUUGUUGAUAAA